AUUUGUCAUUAUUUGCUGCAUGGGCAUAACCUAAGACUUCAACUUGCAAGAAAGCUCUUAUAUAUAAUAACAUCAUGUAACUUGCCAUUCUCACAUUAUCGAUUCAAACCAAAUUCACUCCACCAAGAUGCUUCUUCACACUGUUUUCCUCUUUUUUCUUCUCUUAUCCACUUCCCAUGCUGCUGUCCAAGACUUCUGUGUAGCAGAUCUCAAGGGUGCAGAAGGCCCUGCAGGCUUUCCUUGCAAGGCACCUAUCAAUGUAACUUCGGAUGACUUUGUGUUUGACUUAUCUGAAUCUGGAAACAUCUCAAACAUAAUCAAUGCUGCUGUAACACCAGCAUUUGUUGCUCAAUUCCCAGGUGUUAAUGGUCUUGACCUCUCAGCAGCAAGGUUAGACCUUGGUCUUGAUGGUGUCAUCCCACUGCAUACACAUCCUGGUGCCAGUGAACUACUUCUAGUGACUCAAGGCCAUAUCACUGCUGGGUUUAUAUCAUCAGCUAACACAGUUUAUCAGAAGACACUGAAGAAGGGAGAUAUUAUGGUAUUCCCACAAGGCUUGUUGCAUUUCCAAAUAGCUGCUGGUAAGAGAAAGGCCCUUGCUUUUGCUAUUUUCAGUAGUGCAAACCCUGGCCUUCAAAUCCUUGAUUUUGCACUGUUUGCCAGCAACUUCUCUACUCCUUUAGUGACUAAGACAACUUUCCUUGAUCCUGCUAUAGUAAAGAAGCUUAAGGGUGCUCUUGGGGGCAGUGGCUAGCCUUAAAUAUGUUUGUGAAUUGUUGUUAUUAUUUAGCUCAAUUAAUUCCUUGUGUUGUUUCAAUUUGUUACUUGCUCAGGUCUCUAGGUCAUUGAAUUGCUUGUAUCAAUAAUGUGGAGUACUAAAUUGUUUCACUUUGUUUUCCAUUUCUUUGUUCCAAAAUUAAAUGUCAAGGUUUGAGUGUAGCCAUGCUUUAAAGGGUUUGCCGAUGAUGUUGGAGAAUCUUAUCCAAAUCU